AUGUCUGAAACAAAGCGCACAGUUCUCAUAACAGGCUGCUCAGAUGGCGGCAUGGGUGCAGCGUUAGCAGCGGCUUUCCACAAAGCGGGUCUACACGUCUACGCAACAGCUCGAAACCCGGCGAAGAUGGAACAACUAGCAUCCAUGGGCAUCGAGACCCUCGCGAUGGACGUUGAGUCAGAGGCUUCGAUAACAGCGUGCGUCAGCAAGGUGCCCACACUUGACAUUCUCGUCAACAAUGCUGGCGCACAGUUUCUCAUGCCCGUAGUGGACAUUAACAUUGCCGAAGCUAGAAAACUGUACGAUUUGAACGUAUGGGCCUAUGUGGCAGUGGUACAGGCGUUUCUGCCAUUGCUACUAAAAUCUAAAGGCAUGAUCGUGAACCAAACGUCGAUUGGAGCCGUCACAACGCUGCCAUUUCAAGCAGUGUACAACUCGUCCAAGGCCGCAAUGGCAAUGAUUACGGAUUCGAUGAGGCUAGAGCUCCAGCCCUUUGGUAUCAAAGUCAUCGACCUACGGACAGGGAUCGUGAAGACCAACUUGAUCAAGAACCUGCAAGAUGUGAAGCAGCCUUCGUUGCCCGAGGGGUCCAUCUAUGAGCCUGCAAAAGAAGUGUUGGAGAAUGUAAUGCGACAAGAGGGGUUCGAAACACAGGGUGUGGAGCUCAUUCCAUGGGCCGAGGCCACGGUGCAGGCUCUAUUGAAGAAGAAUCCAUCGUCAGUGAUUUGGAGGGGAGAGCAAGCAUUGCUAUCGAGAGUCACAGCGAUAUUCCCCCAUGGCCUAUUUGAUGCGAUCAUCAAGAAGUUCACCGGGCUAGACGAUGUUGAGGAUGUCCUCAAGAAAUAUCAGAAAGGAAAAUAG